CGAGGGGGCCAGAAGCCCUGCCUAGCCGGUACCAGUGCAGAUCGCAGACACUGCUGGCCACAGUCAAGACAGCCCAAACUCGGAAGGAUGGACCUGGACAGUGGCCUCCCCUCCAUCGACAUGUUGCAGGGUCUGCAGAUCUGGGCCAUUGAGAAGAUGAAGAUGGUCCGAGUGCCAGAGAAGGCCUACGGGAGUUUCUUUGAAGGUGACUGCUACAUCAUCCUGCACAAGGAGAAGAGUGGCCGGGACGUGUCCGUCGAUAUUCAUUACUGGAUAGGCAGGGACUCAGCGGUGGACGAGCAGGGGGCGGCCGCGGCCUACACGGCCCAGCUGGACAGUCUGCUAGGGGACAUCCCCGUGCAGCACCGCGAGGUCCAGGGCUACGAGUCGGAUGUCUUCAAAAGCUACUUCAAGAAGGGAAUCAUCUACAAGAAGGGGAGUCUGGCCUCUGGCUUAAAGCAUGUGGAGACCAACAUGUACGACAUUCAGAGGCUCCUGCACAUCAAGGGGAAGAAGCCCGUGACAGCCUCCGAGGUGCACCUGUCCUGGGACAGCUUCAACAAAGGAGAGGUCUUCCUCCUGGACCUGGGGAAGGUGCUGAUCCAGUGGAAUGGUCCUGAAGCCAACUUGUCUGAGAAAUCCCGGGGACUAGCCUUGGCCCGGAACAUCCGAGAUGGAGAGCGGGGCGGCCGUGCCCAAAUUGGGGUGGUUGAUGAGGACCACAGCUCUGCCGACCUGCUGCAGAUCAUGGAGACGGUGCUGGGACCGCGGCCAGGCUCGCUCCAGGACGCCGUCAAGGAGGACAAGGCCGAUGAGUUCCAGAAGGCCAACCUGCGGCUAUACCACCUUUAUGAAAAGGAUGCAGACCUGGUGGUCCAGGAGAUUGCCACCCGACCUCUGACGCAGGACCUCUUACAGCAUGAGGACUGUUAUAUCCUGGACCAGGGCGGGUUCAAGAUCUACGUGUGGCGGGGCCAUGGCUCCAGCAAGGAGGAGAAGAAGGCAGCCUUCAGUUGGGCAGUGGGCUUCAUCCAGGCCAAGGGCUACCCAGCCACCACCAACGUGGAGGUGGUGAAUGAUGGUUUCGAGUCCACCAUGUUCAAGCAGCUGUUUCAGCAGUGGACAGAGAAGGACCAGAUGGAAGGGCCAGGCUGGGCUUACAAUCUGGCCAAGACUGCCAAAGUAGAGCCCAUGAAGUUUGACGUGACCCACCUGCAUGGCUGGCCAGAGCUGGCUGCAGAGCAGAGGAUGGUGGAUGACGGUUCAGGGAAGGUGGAGGUGUGGCAGAUCGAGGACUUGCACAAGAAGCCUGUUGAUCCCAAGAAGUAUGGACAGUUCUAUGGGGGUGGCUGCUACCUGGUCCUCUACACCUACCAGAAGUCUGGGCGGACCCAGUUCAUCAUCUACAUCUGGCAGGGACGACAUGCGUUGGUGGAUGAAGUCAUGGCUUCCACUCUCAACGCCAUUGAGCUAGACCACAUGUACCAGGAGGAACCUGUGCAGGUCUGGGUGACCAUGGGAAGGGAGCCACGGCACUUCCUGGCCAUCUUCAAGGGACGGCUCAUUGUGUUCCAGAACGGCACUGGCCGAGAUGGCCGCGCAGACCCCGAGCCAGACAUCCGGCUGUUCCAGGUGAGGGGCACAGAUGAAUGCAACACCAAGACCUCCGAGGUGCCCGCCCGAGCCUCUUCCCUCAACUCCAAUGAUGUUUUCCUGCUUUCCACCAGCCACAUCUGCUACCUGUGGUGUGGAAAGGGCUGCAGCGGAGAUGAGAGGGAGAUGGCUCGCAUGGUGGCCGACAUCGUCUCUCACAAGGACAAGCAGACAGUGUUGGAGGGGCAGGAGCCCCACAGCUUCUGGGAGGCACUGGGAGGCCGAGCCCCAUAUGCCAGUGAUAAGAGGCUCCAGAAGAAGCCCUCCUCCUGCCAGCCCCGCCUGUUCCAGUGCCCCAGUCAGACAGACCGCUUCGUCCUGACGGAGACCGUGUUCUUUAGCCAGGAUGACCUGGACGAGGAUGACAUUAUGUUACUGGACACCUGGGAAGAGGUUUUCUUGUGGAUUGGGAAAGACUCCAACACGUAUGAGAAGAGAGAGUCAGUGGCUUUGGCCCGAGAGUACCUGAAGAGCCAUCCGGCGGGCAGGGACCCAGCAACCCCCAUCAUUGUGGUCAAGCAGGGCCAUGAGCCCCCCACCUUCACUGGCUGGUUCAGUUUUUGGGACCCCUACAAGUGGAACAAUGGCACAUCCUAUGAGGAGCUGAAGAACAGCCUUGGGGAUGUGUCAGCCAUCUCUGAGAUGACCAUGGAACUCAACAACAUCAACUUGCUCCAGUGGCCGCCUGACAAGGGCCCCAGCACCCCAGGGGAGGGCGCUCCUGCGGAGGCUCCCCCCGCCAUGGCCCCCAAGCCUCUGAGCAGCGAGCCCAGCUCCAGCCCCAGCAGCAGCCCCAGCAGCAGUUACUAUAGCAGCCACAGCAACUAUAACAGUGACAUGUCCCUGGUCCCCAAGUGCCCCGUGGCAGCGGCCACGGCCGUGCCCACCGCCGUGCCCAUCCCCCGGGAGCGCCUGAUCAACAAAGCUGUGGAGGAUCUUCCUGAAGGGCUGGACCCAACCUUAGGUGGGAACCCUCCCCUGACUACUAAGCAGCUGAGGGCCCAGGAAGGCCCAGGCAGCAGUAGCAGCAUCAGGGACCCCCUCCCCCAGUGA